AUGAAGUUCACUGCUGCCAUUGGUGUUGCUGCCCUAUUUAUGGCCCCGUCUGCUGCGGCCUGGAAGCUGCCUCACGCCAACAAGGCUGACGCUGCCGCUCCUACCGGUUAUCCUUCCAGUGGUUUCCCAUCUGGAACCCCGUCUGUCACUCCAUCCGGAACCCCAUCCGGAACUCCAACUGGAUGGCCUACCGGAUGGCCUACCGGGUGGCCUACUGGAUGGCCUACUGGAUGGCCUACCGGAUGGCCUACCGGGUGGCCUACUGGAUGGCCUACUGGAUGGCCUACUGCGUCCCCAACUGGAUUCUCCUUUGGCCGUCGUGCACCUGGUCACGGACCUGGCCUUAAGGGACCUGGUCACGGCGGACCCGGCUACGGAGGGUUCGGCUCUGGAUUCGAGUCCACCAGCUCUCCCACCAUCUCUCCCACCAUCUCUCCUACCAGCUCUCCUAUUGGCUCUUCUACCGCCGUGCCUUCUGGAUUCCCCGAAUCUACUGGUGUCCCCCUUGGGUUCCCCGGUGGCUUCUCCGGUAGCCAGACCUCUAGCGGUUCCUUCACUGUUUUGCCUGUCGCGACCGCGACUGCUGGUACAGUUGGUGAGCAGGGAGACUUCACUCGUCGUCACGCCCGUCAGAUGUUGUUUUAG